AUGAGCAAGCCCUGCCUGUGCUUGCAUGCUAAAGCAGCAAGCGUCUCCAACUAUUUUAAUCAUUUCAGAGAGACAGGGCGAGGGGGGGCGUCCACUACGCAUUUGGCAGGAGGCUCCUUUCCUCCAGUUGAGGUGGAGUCAGCCAAUAGCUUGGGAGCUUGGAAAUUUUUGCAGGACAGUUUUCCCCAAACAGCUUUGCAAGGGUUGUGCCAUUUCAUUUGAAGUACACAUCCACACGCUGCUGCUGCUGCUGCUGCUGUGCUCUUGGUUUCUGGCUUGCCUCCCAGAUCCAAGAGGUCUCAGAUUCAGCCUCCCUUUCUGUCUCUGUCUCUUAGCCUUGUGCUUGCAGUUGUCAAACUUCUCUGGGCUCUGCUAAUCAGGACUCCUGAGUGACCAUGGCAGACACCACCCUCCAGAUUGUGGAGCAGCCAGCAGCCUCCGAGGCUUCAGAGGAACCAGCUUCUGAGGAACCUAUCAAACCUGACCAGAUCAAUGGGGUUAUGGUGCUCACCCUUCUGGACAAGAUCAUUGGGGCAGUGGAUCAGAUUCAGCUGACCCAAAGUCAGUUGGAGGAGCGGCAGCAAGAGAUGGAUGGAGUGGUAGCCAGCAUUCAAGGGGAGCUGGCCAAACUGACCAAGGCCCACACCACCACCAGUAACACAGUUAACAAGAUGUUGGAGAAGGUCCGCAAGGUCAGUGUCAACGUAAAAACGGUCCGGCAGAACCUGGAGAAACAAGCUGGGCAAAUCAAGAAGCUGGAAUCCAAUGAGACAGAGCUGCUGAAGCGCAGAAAUUUUAAAGUUAUGAUCUAUCAGGAUGAGGUGAAACUACCAUCCAAGCUGAGCAUUAGUAAGUCCUUGAAAGAGACAGAGAAAGAAGGGGAAGGGGAAGAAGUCCCAGCAGGCGAGGAACAUCCUGAUGAGGAACACCAUAUUGAGCUCUCCUCGGAUGAAGAAGUAGAGGUAGAGGAAAUUAUUGAGGAGUCACGAGCAGAACGUAUCAAGAGGAGUGGCAUGAGGAAGGUGGAUGACUUCAAGAAGGCCUUCUCUAAAGAGAAGAUGGAGAAGACCAGGCUGAAGACUAGAGAGAACUUGGAGAAGACGAAGAUAAAAACCAGAGAAAACCUGGAGAAGACAAAGCAGAACCUGGAGAAGACCCGCCACAACCUGGAGAAGAGGAUGAACAAGCUGGGCACCAAGAUUGUCACUACCGAACGCAGGGAGAAGAUGAAAUCCUCCCGGGAUAAGCUGAAGAAAUCCUUCACCCCUGACCAUGUGGUCUAUGCACGCUCGAAGACAGCCGUCUACAAAGUGCCACCUUUCACUUUCCAUGUGAAGAAGAUUCGGGAAGGAGAGGUGGAAGUGAAGGCCACCGAGAUGGUGGAGGUUGGUGGGGAUGAGACAGAAAAUGCAGAUCUGCUGAGGAGUGAAAGCCCUGAGAUGAGCACGCUCCUGCAAAUCACAGAAGAAUCAGACACAGUGUUGGCAGAAAAGAGUGAUAGUGAGUGAGGCAGGCAGGCAGCAGCAGAAGAAGAACAUCAAGAGCCAAACAUAUAACCUUUUCACAUUUCCUCUUCUUGGCCUCACAUAGGUGCUUACAUGCACUCUCUCUCUUUCUCACUCUUACUCUCACUCUCACACACAUACAUACACACACUUACACACAAACAUAGAUCAUAUAAAUUUUACAGCCCUGAUCCUCUCAAAAAUGUAAUGCCAAGGUGCAUUUUUGUAUAUCUCUGUGUUAGCAUAUAGAACAUGGGACUUCAUAGCAACUUCUCAGACACCAUUCCUGCUACUGAAGGCUUGCUUUGUCAGCCUGUUAUGGUAACAUCCUCCAUUCACCACCCAAAGGUGCUGCUAACAAAGUAAUCCACUUGUAUUCUCAAGGAGCAUGCUGCCUCUUAGCUGUUUGCCUAGGUGUCAAGAAUGCUUCGUGGGGACCAGAAAGCAGAUUGGACAGAAAGAAGGAAAGCAAAGUUGUGGAACCAAAGAAAGAAGGAAUUGGCUGAAUUACAUCACUGAACCGAGGGAGGUUGGGACAGAAGCAGAGUUGGGAGAAAGUCAGGUGGGAAGAGGACUUCAUGUCAUGUGAUGAUGCAAGAGCAACGGGGUCUGUACAUUUCCCAGGAGAUCAUUUGUGUACAGUCACAUACAAUCAGCUUUGUAUUUUGGCAUGUGAAUCACCAGCACUCUGCACAUACAGGGAAGGGUAGGGAGACCUCUCAGCAGAGUGCCAUCAGAGCCACGUAUGUUGUUAGCCAUGCCUCUGUCAGCUGCCUUGCAACAGGGCAGCAAGUCGAGCUGAGAGAGAGAGAGAGAGAUGAGACAAAGCAGGGGAGAGGAGUCAUACAUUACAGCCUGUGGUAGUAAGCAGUAAUGUUUUAACAAGGAGAAUACAGGAGGGAAUUCUUAUCUAAUCUAUCAGCAGUCUCCCCAGCAUCUCUGAACAAGAUCUUCUGCACCACAACAUUGUUUUGUGCAGUGCCUAGGCUCCAGAUACUGUGUUCCUGUUUUCCUGCUGUGUUGGCUUACAGUAGACCAAUUAUUUCAUGCUUCCUGGAUGUGUGCUCUGAAUGUGAUGCUUGGGGACAGAAGGAGGAGCUAGGAAUUCUCUGACACGAAACAGCUUUGCUGCAGGUGAAAGGAAGAAGCUUUCAACCAUCUCACAAACAUAAACAGCUACCUCUGGCUUUUUGUCAGAGUGUGAAAAAAAUUCUUUUUCAGGUUACAGCUCACAUACUCUCCCAGCCAAUAUGGUUCUUAACCUUACUUUAUUUUGCAAUAAAUGAGGGUGAGUCUGAAGUGUGACAUUUUCCCCAAAGACACCUCCUUCUCCAAUGUUUGAUGCAUGCUGCUGUCUCCCCCUACAUGAUAAGACAGACCAUUCGCCUCUUCCCAUCAUUGGAUAGGAUUUUCCGAGAUUCCCCAAACACUCAAUUCUGCUGCGCUGUCUUGGCCCAUUCCAUGACCAGAAACUCCUUUACCACAGCCAGAGCUGCCCGCUCUACCAAGAUGACUUGGCAGAGCUACCUGCAAUCCAGCAGGGAGAUACGUGUAUAUGUGUGUGUGUGUGUGUGUCUAGGGAUGUUCUUACUUGACCAAGGAGUGUACAAGUAAUUUGGAAGCAAGGGGAUGUCCCCACCACCAUACUUUCCUUUGAAUUUUUCUAUUCUUGCUAUGAAUCUCAUGUCAAGGAAAAGCCCACAGUAUGAAAUAGAUGAGGCUUCUAGGGCUAUCCUACAUGGGGCAGAGAACAUGCUCUGUGUCCUACUCUGGGGCAAAUAGAGCAGGCUGGGGAAUGUGCCAGGCAGAUGCAUUGCUCCUUUUCUAAGACUGCAUCCUGGUGAGCAGCGUGACUAAUAAACUUUCUUUUCUAAAA